AUGACGUCACUUUUUGAUUCGCUAUCUCGAAAUAACGACCGUCUUCCGUCGCCCAACUUCUUGCCCGAUGACUUUUUGGAACUACUCAAAAGCCAGGAUUUUGAUACGAAGCUCACGGUUUGUUCAAAAAUCCAGAGAUCAUUUUGAAUUCGAGUAAACUUUUAGACGCUCAUUAGAGCUGCUACGAUUGCGAAAAGAGAAGAGGAUUGGUUCCAGAAGUUUCAGAAGAAGGGGGAACUUUUCAAGUGUAUCGACAAGAUAAUCAGCGAUGAUCGAUGGGAACUUCAGCAUCAAUGCAUCAAGUUUCUGGUCGAGGCCAUGCCCACAUUCGGAAAUGUUCGUUUAUAUUCGUUUUAAGUAUUCAAAUCUUCUUUCCAGGCGACCGAAUACUGUCUGUGUUUCGUGAUGCCUAAUCUGAUUCCGAAGUUGGUCAGCAACAAAGUGACCGUUCGGAAGAUUACCGUCCAGGCGAUUGUCACUUUUCUCCGCCUGAAACCAGAAGCACUUUCUUCGUUCCUGGUAAUCUGAUGUCAUUUUUGUUGUUGUGACUUUAUUCAUUCUCAGAAAAUACUCUCCCACUAUUUACCCAACUGCAAUUCAAAGCCAGAACUGAUUGGAGAACUCCAGCAGGUUCUGAUUCCAGAGGUAACUUUGAUGAUAACUUCAGAGAAUGAGCAUUCCACUUUUUUCAUUUAGUUGGCGAAAUCCAAUUGGACAAGUCUAGUCGAGAACUUGACAAUAGACACCAACAUUUAUGGAUGCGAAGAGCAAACUGGCAUUCUGAUGAAGAAGUUGCACUGUGAGUGAAACCUCAAAAAAGUUUUCAAGAGUUAGUUUUCAGUCCUCAUCGGAAACGAAGCAUGGCAGCAGAUGAUCAACAAUUUGGUACCGGAAAAACAGGAAAUUGUGGAGCGAGUCACGGAAAAUGUGCACGUGGAGCAGGGCGACGUGAAAGCCGGCAGCGGAGUGCUCCGAUCGGCCAAGCCACAGUCCGGAGGGGAACGACGUCUCCGAUACGGCAUCGUUCCGAGUCUCGUGUGCGCGUUGAUCGCAGAAGAGAACGAUGCGAAUCAGAGAAUAGCCGGUCUCGAGAAGCUGAAGCAAGUCAUCGAUCAGAUAAGCGGUGAGGAGAUCGCCCGACUGGUUCCCCAUUUGCACUCGUACCUUUUGAUGCUCUCCAAUGUGCUUGAGGACUUGAACUUCAAGGUUGUCGUACUGGCGCUGGACAUUGUUCGCGCGACGGCUCACCACUUGAAAGGGCACAUGGAAGCGCACAUCCAGCAGUUUGUGAAUCUUGCCUCCAAACACUUUGGAAACCAGAAAUCAGUCAUCAAGCAGAUCAUUAUGAUGACCUUUAUGGAACUUUUCCAGGUUUGAAAAGUGUUCCUUCAUACCUUCUCUCAGUCUGUAAUGUUCAGAAUAUCAAUCCGAAAACAGUCGGAGGAUGUCUCCGCGUCUUCUUGGAAAACAAAAACUCAAGAGUCCGCGAGGAAGUUCUCAACAUUUACACGGCCUCUCUGAUGACAAUCAGUCCCUCUAAAUUCAAUUUGGCACCGCUCGUUAACAUUUUGGUGCCUAUGUUGCGCGAUCCGAAGAAGAGAGUCAGGUGAGAUUAGGGAGUGCGACGAUACGAAUGCAUUAAUCUGUCAUUCUUCAGAUUAGCAGCUUUUGAGCAGUUGUCAGUGCUUGCCUACCUGCUGAAUGGAAAGACGGACGUGAUCAUGAAGGCGGUUAGGGACUUUGAGAUGGAACAAAACACGAGAGGAUUGGCAGAGGCAGUCAAUGUGAGUUCUAUGGAAGGCUAUGUUGAACUGGAUUAUGUUGAACACUUUUCAAAGUGAUCCCCUCAUUUUUAGCUGUCAGAAGUGUAUCUCUAAUUUGACAGGCACGAAUCCGUCGCCAAGUGCUCCCUCGCAUCCGCUACGACGGUCUCAUCGAGUACUCGACACCGCCCGUCAUGGACUCUUUCGACUUGGCCGAAUCGGAAAUGAGCCUGCCGACCAACGCGGAUCUCGCGUGGAUUGUGAGCAAUGGAGGCGUCGAGCCAGAUCCGUUCGAAAGGACAAUGUCUCCGAUCAGUCUGGCCGGUAACCUGGCCACCAUUCGCAGGAAUCGAGUAGUUCAGCACGUAGAGAAGACAUCCGCACCGCCCAUUCCGCCACAGCAACCGGCACAUCGGCAACAGGAGAAGGUCCAGGAGAAGGUCGGGAGCAGCAGUCCGGAAAUCGGUCAGAAGAUGAUGAUGACGAGGAUGAAGAGCGAUGAUUCGUUCGUGAGAAGACAGGGAUCGGGUGAGUGCUUCUUCCUACACAGCCUAGGUUCAUUCGUAGUUCUCAAAUUAGAUUCCGAGCAGAAAGUCAGAAGUCAAUCCUCCCACUCUGUUUAUCACAACUUGCACGUGGGAGUGAGUGUGGGAAAAGGGUCAGUAUUGCUCACAGCACACAACAAAACCGAGCCUAUACGAUUUCUUUGAAUUUCGAUUUCGACGAAAGAAUACAAAAAGUGAAUGAAUGAAAACGAGUUGAAUAGAGUAAGCUGCUCUCUCUCUCUCUCGCCUUUCUCCGGCUCCUUCCGUCCGUCCGUCGCAACCAAUUACGAGCCCCUCGAUGCAACAAACGUUGGGGCGGGGGGCAGGUGUUUAGGCUGUGUGUGACAUAACAAAGUGACCACCACUGGGCGAGCACUCGUUGCCCCUGGCACCCCUCUCUCCCCUUUUAUUCUUUUUCCGUCCUCGCUUUUGUCUCUUUUUGACCGAAAAACGUACUCGAAUGUACUAAUGCGCGAAUGACGUGACACUACUAGAUGGGUACGACUGUCAGCCGAGCCGCUUCUGCUCCCAUUCGAACGCAUUCGUCUGCGGUGGCUCCGAUGUCGACGUCGACGCAGAAUAACAUGUUUAUGGUGGUGAACGGCAGAAUGAGACGUAUGACUUGUAGUUCCCAACAUUUGCAAAGAAAAGUCGACACGUUUGUAAUCUGUAAUUUCAGCGACAUCCAAUCCGAACUCGAGCACAAGUUCGUGGGAAGCGCCGAAACGACCGACACUCUCUCCGCCCGAAAAGUCGGUUGCAAAGGCUCCGAGGAAAGAAAAAGAGGUCAACAAUAACCACAUUGACAAGAAACAAAAUUUGAGAGCUAUGGUAUGACAUUCUUGUCAAAAAAGGAUUCAUCACUUCACUUUCAGAGAGCCAGAAGUGACACAAACCUCUCGGAUGACCGAGAAACGGACGAAAUGGAGAACGCGCCGCCCAGAAGCUUCGAUGAUCGUCCGGCGAAAGCGAGUGGACAAUAUGCUUUUCAAGGUGGGGAUUAAAAGAUGUCUUGCUCUUCAAGUGUUCAAUGAGCAAGAAGCUAGAAGCUAGAAGCCAUAUUAAUCAAUUGAUCGGGUAAUUCCAUUCAUUCAUCCCCUUUCAUUCCUUCUCGUUUUUAAAGCAUCAGAAUACAAAAAGAGCGCGCUCGCAAACGGACACAAGCGUAACCAUGUGAGCGGGGAGGAAAGAAGAGAGCAUCCAUUCGCUUUGCUCCGUCAUUCUUUCGCGAAAAAUGUACUCGAAGAGUGUCCCUUCUCCCAUUCCCACUUCCCAUCUUCCACCCAUUUACGCGCACAAAACCCAGUCAUGGCUUAAAUCCGAUGGAAGAGAAUAUCUGUGGAGUAGUCCUAGUAAUCAAGAGCGCAUUUUUGAUUUGAAUAAUUGAUAACUUCAGACUUUGAUUCUUCGCCAGCGUCCGUUUCGAACAUGGGCAAGAAGAGCAUCAGCCAUCACAGCCUUCCGAUCACUUCCCAUCCACCGUUGAAACAUGCAGUUAGUUCAGUACUCCCCCUUCUUCUAUUUCAUAAUCCUCAUUUAGACUUCUCAACCCCAAAAGCGAGCCAAUGGAACAUUCCUCCGUUCGGGGCAAGGACAACGGACAAAGUCUGUGUCGAAGGUAAGAGAAAUACAGGAAAGAGCAGCAUUCAUUGUUGUUUUUAGCCGCAAAGAGAGCCGUCGGCGUUGUCGAAGAGUUUCUCGUCACUGGACUCGUCAAACAUGUCGGUGAGCGUGGCGCUGAAGAAGAUGGCGAGUGACGAUUGGGCCGAUAAAAUUGACGGAUUGAACAUGAUAUCGGCAAUGUCGGAGAGCCAGCCGAGACAAGUGGCCGACAAUCUGAAAGAGGUUUUUAGUUUCAGAUAAAGACGUGAGAAGAGAAAGAGAAUUCAGGUGAUAAUAGCGAUUCUGAAUGAGUGCAAGAACCUUCGGUCGUCGGUGUCUCGCGUGGCGAUUGUUACGAUCGGAACUGUGGCACAGAACUUGAACUCGAAGAUUGAUACCGAAAUGGAAAAGGUAUUGAAAUUAGAAUUAGAUAUUUUGAAGGCUCAAAUUCAGAUAUGUGCUGUGCUCGUGACCAAAUCCGGAGAUGUCUCGAACGCCUUCAUCCGUGACGACGCCAACGAUUCGCUGAACAAGUUGGUGAAAGCGGCGACUGCCGGAAAGGCUCUGCAAGGCAUCAUUCAAGCGGGAGCCAAGUAAUUGAUCCUCUAAUCUUCCCCCCAUUCUGAAAUCUUACUCUCAGAUCGAAAAACAGCACAAUCCGUGCUUCCUGUGCCAACUUUGUGUACGAUAUUAUCACGAUCCAAGGAAGUUCCACCAUUCUCAACAAUUCGAAUGCACUCUCCGCCGUUCUUCCGGUUCUUUUACACUUUUCGAAGGAUCAGACGCCGAACGUCAGAAAGGCCGGAAAGCAGGCACUUUACUUUUUGUCAAAAGAUCCCAAUUUCGAUAGACUUCUUCGCAAAAAUGGCAACGAGUCCGAGAUAAAAGCUAUCAAGGAAAUACUGGCGACUGUUGAAAAGAGGGUGAGAUAGAAUUCAAUCUUACACACAAUACAUAUUGGAUUGUUCAGGGAGGCGCCGAUUCCUUGGAUUCCACUUCGAAUCUCUCCGGUUCCCUCUCUCGGAUCGGCAGUACUCGGCGAGUGCAGAAAAAGUUGCCGGACAGUCUGCAGCUGGAUCUCGACGAGAUUCGGACGGAGCUGUUGGCCUCCGGGUGGGAGAGAAGACUGACCGGACUGCAGAGAUUCGAGGAAAUGUGCUCGCACGCGGCGAAGGUGGUGGCGAGUGACACGCGGCUCAUUGAAGCAUUCAUCGCCCGGCUGGGAGACACGAACGGAAAGGUGGCCUCGUAUGCGAUGGAAACCUAUAUAUCGACUAUGGGCAGCAUGGCGAAGUGAGCAUAAUACAUCGGUGACAAGAGCUCCAAUUGAUUUUCAGACUUUACUCGACGGAAUCGAACCUGAAAGCCGUCUUGAAUCAGUUGGCGUUUGCUCUGACCGCCCAUCUUUCGAGCAAGUCAGAAGAGCACAAACACUUGGCAAUGACGUGCAUUACGCACACAAUCAAGUCGAUCGAUCCGGUCUGUCUCCUUCCGGCGAUGACGUCGGCGACGAAGAAAUCGAAUGUGAAGCAGAGGCCAUUCAUAACGACACAAUACUGUGGUGAGCUCGGAACGAUCCUCCCAUCUGAUAUUCGUUUUCUUCCAGAACUGUGCAAAUUGGCAUACAAGAACAAGCCGAAGCAAGUGGAAGUGAUGGCACUUCCGUUGCUUUGGGAAUUUGUGAAAAGUACGGCAACAGAUGUGGACAACAGGAAAGCGACGGAGAAAUUCGCGAAGACACUCGCCAAACUGGUAACUUUUAAGCAUUUCGUGGACCCUCAGAAUAACGCCCUCUUUUGCAGAUUGGCGAAAAACAGCUUCUCGAUUUGGCGACAUCUGAACUGGAUCCGAAUCGUAAGAAGCAGUUGGAAGCGUUGAUUCGGUGA